AUGGCCUCUCAUGUCCCCUUAAACAGUGAUAUCCUCAUCGUAGGAGCCGGCAUUUUCGGCACCAGCACAGCGUACCACCUUUCCCUCUCCCACCCUAAUCCAUCUCGAAUCACGGUUCUCGACCGAGACCACGUCCCCUCCCCUCUCGCAGCAUCUAGCGAUAUCAACAAGAUCGUCCGCGCCGAUUAUAGCAAGGCAUUCUAUAUGGAUCUCGCGUAUGAAGCAAUGGGAGCGUGGACCUCAUGGCCCUUCCUGAAUUCUUAUUUCCAUCAGACAGGUUGGGUUGCACUGGACGAGAAAGGCAGCGAUCUAUCCGAGAGGAUCCGAAAGAACUUCCGCAACUCUGGUCGACCCGACACCUCUGCUGAUGUCACGCUGGAUGAGGUGAAGAGCGGCUGGGAUGGUGUGCUGGCUAAUAUCAACACGACAGGGUUCGAUACGGCCUACACGAAUUCCAGCGCUGGCUGGGCUGAUGCAUCGCUGGCGGUCGAGGCGAUGAUGAAAGAGGCCGUGAAUAACGGGAUUCAGCACGAAGUAGGCAGCGUCUCUGAGCUUCUCAGAGAAGGUGGUAAGCUUGUAGGUGUCAGGACGUCUGACGGCCGCACUUUUUCUGCUGCAAAGAUUCUCCUCUCGACCGGCGCGUGGACCCCGUGGCUUUUGGCUCCCCUGGAGAGAGAAUUACAGAUUUCUCCCCAAGAUAGUAUCCAGAAGCAAUUACAAGCCGCGGGAGUGUGUGUCGCUGCGUUCAAACUCUCCGAACAGGAGACCAAUCACUACAGCCAGAUGCCUGUUCUAAUCUACGGCAGUCAAGGCGAAGUCCUGCCUCCCAACCGCGACCGUCUUUUCAAAUUCACAAACGCCAAUACUUUCCGCAACACCAGUCUACACCCUAUAACAGGCCAAGAGAUUUCAGUGCCAGCCCCAGACCAAAACUUGAUACCGGAGAAGCUCAAGCGGCAAUCAAUAGAGAUCAUCCGCCAGCGGAUACCGGAAAUGCUUGUCGAUGAUCGAAGUCCCGACGAUUGGCGCAUCUGCUGGGACGCCAUAUCCCCGGACCAAAACCAGCUGAUCUGCCAGCAUCCGGAUGCAAGGCUGUCCAAUCUUUACUUGGCGACUGCUGGAUCUUUCCAUAGCUGGAAAUUCCUCCCCAACAUCGGAAGGUAUGUGGUAAAUGUGCUCGACGGUAAGUCCAACGGGCAGGCGAAAGAUGAGGCAUGGCGGUGGAAGACAUCUUGGUCUGAGAAAGGAGCGCAUCCCAAGGUGUUGCCCCAAGGAGAAUUGAGAGACUUCGAUCCUUGA